AUGAGGACAAUGGAGUAUGUCUGGUAUCUGGCCUACAUAGAGGAGACCCGGCCCACUGUGGCCAGCCCUGCUGAAAGUCCUGCUGACAGCCCUACUGACAGUCCUGCUGACAGCGCUGCUGACAGCCCUACUGACAGUCCUGCUGACAGCGCUGCUGACAGUCCUGCUGACAGCCCUGCUGACAGCCCUACUGACAGUCCUGCUGACAGCGCUGCUGACAGUCCUGCUGACAGCCCUGCUGACAGUCCUGCUGACAGCGCUGCUGACAGUCCUGCUGACAGCCCUACUGACAGUCCUGCUGACAGUCCUGCUGACAGCCCUGCUGACAGCCCUACUGACAGUCCUGCUGACAGCGCUGCUGACAGUCCUGCUGACAGCCCUGCUGACAGCCCUACUGACAGUCCUGAUGACAGCGCUGCUGACAGCCCUGCUGACAGCCCUACUGACAGUCCUGCUGACAGUCCUGCUGGCAGCGCUGCUGACAGUCCUGCUGACAGUCCUGCUGUCAGUCUUGCUGACAGUCCUGCUGACAGUCCUGCUGUCAGUCUUGCUGACAGUCCUGCUGACAGUCCUGCUGACAGUCCUGCUGUCAGUCUUGCUGACAGUCCUGCUGACAGUCCUGCUGGCAGCGCUGCUGACAGUCCUGCUGGCAGCCCUGCUGACAGUCUUGCUGACAGCCCUGCUGACAGUCCUGCUGGCAGCGCUGCUGACAGUCCUGCUGACAGUCCUGCUGGCAGCCCUGCUGACAGUCUUGCUGACAGCCCUGCUGACAGCCCUGCUGACAGCCCUGCUGACAGUCCUGCUGACUCCUGUGGCACUCAGCUGUGA